AUGGCACGAGUAUUCUUCGAAAUAACCGGCAAUCGCGGCAGGCUACAACACAUGCGGCAUGGGAUGGUUGGUCGCGGCGAAAAAGAUCGAGUUGGUAUCAAGCACCACGCAUCAGGAUCAAAGGAUGACCGUUUUUUGCUACCGAAAGCAUGUCAGAGAGGAACCGGUGCGGACUAG